AUGUCUGCAAACACCGUUCACGUUAAGAACAUCAGUUCUCAGACCAGCGAGAAGGAGAUCAGAGACUUCUUCUCUUUCUGCGGCAAGAUCACCAGUCUCGAAGUCUCCAAGUCUGAGCCCACUCAAGAUGCGACCGUAACCUUCGAGAAGGAAACCGCGGCCAAGACUGCCCUGCUCCUCGACAAUACCCAGCUCGGUGCCACUCAGGUCCAGGUCUCCAGUGCCACCGGCAGCAGCGAAGAUGAUGGAAGCCACUACAAGAGCCAGUCUGAGCGCGAGAGUGACGAAAUCACCCAGGAGGAGAAACCCCGAAGCCGCAUCAUCGCUGAAUACCUCGCCCAUGGCUACGUCGUUGGUGACCAGGCUAUUCAACGUGCUAUCGAACUCGACCAAAAGCAUGGCGUCUCCAACCGCUUCGUCCAAACUCUCACCUCCCUCGACUCGAAGUACCAUGCCACUGAUAAGGCCAAGUCCGUCGACAACACCUAUGGCGUUUCUUCCAGAGCCAACACCUUCCUUACUGGUUUGACUUCAUACUACGAAAAGGCCACCGAUACCCCAACUGGCAAGAAGCUGGUCAACUUCUACACUCAAGCAUCCCGACAGGUCCAGGACAUUCACAACGAGGCUCGUCGCUUGGCAGAUCUGAAGAAGCAGGAUUCUGGUGUUUCCAAGGUUCCUGGUUCCGAGAAGACAACUUGUAAGUGCAAUUCAAAUUGUGAGGAGUGUCCUUGUGCACCAGGUCAAUGUGCCUGUGUUGGAUGUGCCAAGUCAGACGUUAAGGAGGCCGCUGGAACGAAGAAGACGACAUGCAACUGUGGUGGCGAUACCGGCAAAUGUGGUUGUGCACCAGGCAACUGUGCAUGCUCAUCUUGCCCCAAGUCAGACACUGAGAAGGUUGCUGGCACAGAGAAGACAACUUGCAAUUGUGGUGGAGACACCGCGAAAUGCGCUUGUGCCCCUGGUGCUUGUGCUUGCAAGUCGUGCCCCAAGGCCGAUACCGAGAAAGUGGCAGGCUCCGACAAGACGACUUGCAAAUGCGGUGGUAACACCGAGAAAUGCGGUUGUGCUCCCGGUGCUUGUGCUUGCUCAUCUUGCCCAAAGGCGAAGACCGAGAAGGUUGCUGGUACCGACAAGACAACUUGCAACUGCGGCGGCGAUGAGAAGAACUGUCCUUGCGAGGCCGGAAAAUGUGCUUGCGGCGGUUGCUCGAAGUAG